AUGGUAAGUAAUCACCAAUUAAUACUAUGAAUUCAAUACUACUAUGAAUUCAAUACUAACGUAUACAUUAGCCACCAAAGAAGAAAGUAGUUGCAACUACAUACAUAUUGAAAUUUAAAUCUAAUAAAAUAACGUAUAUUUUACCAAUUGAAGAAUCAGAAUUAACUCUAUCAAAUUUGAAAUUUAAAUUAUUAGCAGCAAUUAAUGAAUCUGGUGGUUUACAAAAUGAUGAUGAUGAGCAAGAACAAGGACAUGAAUCAAGUGGAAUGCCCAAGUCGGAAUUUGAGGAGGAAAACAUAGUUGUACCUAAAUCUGAAUUUGAGGAUCCAGAGUUGGAAUUAGAUGAUGUUGAUGAUAUGAAAAUUGAAGAUAAUUCAAUUAUAAAGUCUAAGAUUAAAAUUAAUGAUUUGAAAUUAGCUAUUCCUAGAGAUAUCAUCCAACCGUAUAAUAAUGAAUGGAUAGAAAUCAAAAAUGAUGAUCAAUUGAGUGAAGUUAAUUUUAAAGAUUAUUUAAUAUUUGCAUUUACUACAGAAGAUAAAUUUAAUAUUAUAGAAGCUGCUUAUGAUGAGUAA